GGACGAAGUGGAGAGGAGGAAGCUGAAAAGAAAGAGAAGAGACGGGAGGAGAGAGUGGGGAGUGGGAAGGAAAGAAAGAGAGGAGGGUCACAGAGUGACCCUGGAGGAUGGGGUUUCUCUAUUCCAGAUACUUCUGGGAUUGGAGACUGUUUGCUAGUGGAAAGACUACGACUCCAGCAGCCAGUUGGGCAGCAAGAAAGUAGAAUGGACCGCGAGAGACAGACAUUCCAGCCACCUUUCCGCCGCCCAGAGAUCCGGGAACUGCUCUCUGGAAAACCCUAGUUUUCUAGCUGGAGCUUCUGAGCCCUCUGGACCGCGGGAGUCAAGGAAGCCCCUAGAAGCUGCUGUUUCCAGUUGCCUUCGCCAGAGCAGUAAGAACUUCCUGCCUGACUCCCUGAAUACCCUCGCUCUGAAACUCUUCAGGAAAAGAGGCAGAAGACCCUAGGGGGAGGGGCGAGGGAGAUCCUCCUGCAGUCUUUAGCCCCUUCCCCCUCCCGUCGUGCAGGCAGGCAUGGAAGUGCUCAGCCCUGGCCAGGGCAACAAUACCACAUCGUCCCAGGGACCCUUCGGGACAGGCGGCAACGUUACUGGUAUCUCCGACGUGACCUUCAGCUACCAAGUGAUCACCUCUCUGCUGCUGGGCACGCUCAUUUUCUGCGCGGUGCUGGGCAAUGCGUGCGUAGUGGCUGCCAUCGCCCUGGAGCGCUCCCUCCAGAAUGUGGCCAACUAUCUCAUCGGCUCAUUGGCGGUCACUGACCUCAUGGUGUCAGUGCUUGUGCUGCCCAUGGCCGCGCUGUACCAGGUGCUCAACAAGUGGACUCUGGGCCAGGUCACCUGCGACCUGUUUAUCGCCUUGGAUGUUCUGUGCUGCACCUCGUCCAUCCUGCACCUGUGCGCCAUCGCUCUAGACAGGUACUGGGCCAUCACAGACCCUAUCGACUACGUGAACAAGAGGACGCCCCGGCGCGCCGCUGCGCUAAUCUCACUCACUUGGCUCAUUGGCUUUCUCAUCUCCAUCCCGCCCAUGCUGGGCUGGCGCACCCCAGAAGACCGCUCAGACCCCGAUGCGUGCACGAUCAGCAAGGACCACGGCUACACUAUCUACUCCACUUUCGGCGCUUUCUAUAUCCCACUUCUGCUCAUGCUGGUUCUCUAUGGGCGCAUCUUUCGAGCCGCGCGCUUCCGCAUCCGCAAGACCGUCAAGAAGGUGGAGAAGACUGGAGCCGACACCCGCCUUGGAACAUCGCCUGCCCCUCAACCCAAGAAGAGCGUGAAUGGACAGCCAGGUAGCAGAGACUGGAGGCGGGGCGUGGAGAACAAGUCAGUGGGGGCUCUGUGCGCCAACGGCGCGGUGAGGCAGGGAGACGAUGGCGCCGCCCUGGAGGUAAUUGAAGUGCACCGCGUGGGCAACUCCAAAGAGCACCUGCCACUGCCCAGCGAGGUGAGUGCUACUCCCUGCACCCCCGCCUCUUUCGAGAGGAAAAAUGAGCGCAACGCCGAGGCCAAGCGCAAGAUGGCCCUGGCCCGUGAGAGGAAGACGGUGAAGACGCUGGGCAUCAUCAUGGGCACCUUUAUCCUCUGCUGGUUGCCCUUUUUCAUCGUGGCUCUGGUUUUGCCCUUCUGUGAGAGCAGCUGUCACAUGCCCACCCUGUUAGGUGCCAUAAUCAACUGGCUGGGCUACUCCAACUCUCUGCUCAACCCUGUCAUUUACGCCUACUUCAACAAGGACUUUCAAAACGCGUUUAAGAAGAUCAUCAAGUGCAAGUUUUGCCGCCGAUGAUGAUAAUUGAAGAGUAUCGGGCUAGUAGGGGUCACAGGACCCUCCCCAUUCACUCUGCCUCUCCAAGCACUCUGGAAUUAACACCUCAGAUAACUUGCUAUUCUUCUUUUUCAGCUUUUCGGCCCACGGCUUCCAGAUCUCUCCCCCUCCACACCCACUACGCCAGCGGAGGGCGCUCUCUGCGAAGGGUCCCAGGCUGUGGGGCCAAAAGCCGGGGGAACUCGCAGGGUCUAUGAGAAGGGCAUUGGUCUCAGCAUUAGUUUUGAUUCCAGCAAUCACCUGCUUCCUCUUGUCCCCCAAAACGUCGGGGUGGAAGUUUAAGCCUCAACCUUUCAAGGCAGAAAAAUUCAAACAAAAUAAACUAUACACAUCCUCCAUGCUCACUGACAACUUCCACCCGUCAGCACGACUUCUAGAACUUGGACUUUAAGGUUCAGGACUUUGCUCCAUCUCUCUCGCUCUUUUGCCCUAGAAAAGGCGGCAACUCUUUACGUCUCAUGGUCUCAUCCCUAUUUUUCCUUCCCCCGCUUCCCUCUCUGCAGUCUUCCAUCCCUAAACAUGCCGUUGCUCGUCUGGAAAGGCGGUAGGGUCUGCUUUUCCCUUUGCUAGUAGUGCAUCCGGAAUUACCGUCUUACUCCGUAGGUUCACAGAAUAACUCUGAGAUGCACUGCUCCUGCUUGCUGUGUUUUCUUGGACUUCAAACAAGUGGCUAGAAGGUGUGUCUUUGAGUGGACUUGUAAGUAAAAGGCCGGGCCAGGGGGUGGAGAGUGAGGAAGGAAUUUGGACCUUUUUGUUUGGGUUUGCCUUGGUGUCAGCACUCACCAAAGAAACUGACAAUCGGUGGGAAAAGUGGACUUUUGUUUGUAUAGAUUUCGGGCGAGUAUGUAUGUCCUGGCUUCGCCACUUACCUGUGGCGGGAGGCGCCCGGCGGCCCCAGUGUGCUGGAAAUACUGAGAGGUCUGAUCUCCAAGCUCCUCAUCAGCGGUGUGCUCGGCUAGCUCGCCGUGUACUUACAGGGUUCAAGUUAUUUUGCUCAACCUCAAGGAUGGGUUAAAGUGCUGAUAAACAAUUAGCUAGGCUUUGCUGAAACUGGCGGGCGCUAGGUCCCACGGAGCUCUGGGAACUUAAGCGCUACAAAACUCUAUGAGGUGGCUUCGCAGGGAGUCAAAGAAGGGCUCUCCAAGGUGCGCGUGCCGGGAUUCUAGCUCCUUUUCCCGUGGAACUCGAAACAGCAUUUUUAAUCCAUAGGAUGCAGACUUUUCCCUCCUAACUCACCCUUUUGUCCCUUUCCAAUCAGGAAGCAGCUCUGUUCAACCUGUAACACCAAACACUGCACUGGAUUUGUUCAAGACGUCCAGCACACAAAGUUAGCAGAACUUUGCUUUUCAUAUAGGAAUUAUUGAACUUUGAAUCGAAUGAGUCCCACUAGGUUAGAACGCUCUAUAAUCCCAGAGGCAGACACCUUAAAUAGUGGGACCCUAACCGAUUGGUUAAGAGGUGAUCUCUGGGAAAUCUCUGAGAAUCUUGUGGGUAUUAUAUUUGCUGCCUGUUCUGGUCGUUCUGCACCUGGGGUUUACUGGGAAUCCGGCUGUGUGUCCUUAGAAUUCAUGGAGCACUCAAAGCUUUCUCUCCCUAAUCUCACCACUUUUGUUGAGAAACCAGUUAUGAUCUUUGCUGCCCCCAGGAAAGGAAAUUUUUUCGGUGCUCCGUUUGAAUGUAAAUUUCCAGUCACAUGAUGAGAUCCAGAGGUUUGUCAUAGUUAGAUCCUAGCUUCUAAUUUUUGGAAGAAUAAUGGUUUUGUUUUCCUGUAAUUAUACAAAGUAAUUGGUUCUUACUCUCCUCUUCCUUCAACUGUAUGUUUUGAAUGUUUGCAUCUGUCGUUUUGAGAACUGUGUUGUAUUUUUACAGAUUGCAAAAAUUGCCAAUGAAAUGUUCACUUGUGUGUAAGAAGGUGAAAGAACAGCUCUAUUAUGUGAAGCCAUUGUAUUGUUUGUCAAACCGAACAAAGCCUCUAUUUGGUUUCUUUCUCUCUAAACUGGGAGUAGGUAUGGUAAUCCACUUAAAUAGAGGAAAAUUUAAGAACUUUGAGGAUAGCUUGUCUAUGCAUAUGAAAUGCUGAUGCUGGGCCCUGGUGAAGAAAUUAAGGCAGACUUCUUCCAUACAAUGAUUAUCCAUUUGAAAAGUCUAUUUCUUUUUUGUUGUUGUUGUUGAAAAUAAUCUAAGUAGGAUUAUAUGAAAAAACAAACUUUUCUGUAUGUUUUACUAAAUUUAUAGCAAAUUCUAUAUUUAAAAUAAUCCAAACCCCAAAUUUGCUCCUUCAAAUUAUGCCUUGGCCAACAAAUACUACAUUAGAAAUUUUGAAAUUUCUACUUACUUUUGUCUUUUACAGGAUUGUAUGGCUGUGAUUUGGGGACAUUUCUUCCUGCUUUAGAGGCUUUACACAAGAAUGGGAAAGAAACAUUCAAUUGGAGUGUAAUUGCCAAGCAAUAGAGAAAUUAAAGUAAUAAGUGCAAAAGAGCUGCAUAGCUCUAAAGAUCCCUGAUGCUUUUUUUCUUUUAAAGUACUUGUAUUAAGGUAAAGUAUUUAUGCAUCAAAAUUGGCCUUCACUUUUCCUUGUAACAAUUAAGGACUUCAA